GGUUUAUUCUUCCUGCAAAUGGACAUACAUAUUUGCUCAUGUCCCUAUAGAGGUCUGUAUUGGCAGUUUUUUGCUGCUUCCCCCUUGUAGUUUCAGUUGAUUUGAGUUUUAAAACCGAGUUGUGUUACAAUCAAAAGUGAAUAACAGUGAUUAAGUCAGUAUGAAGAUGUCCAGUGGAUGUUGCUGUGUGCUGCUGCUUCUUGCGCUCGUUGCUGCAGUUUCAGGUGUGGAUGUGAAGAAGAAAGUGGGCAGUGAAGCUCGUUUUAAACCCGACAUCCCUGCAGGAUCAUCUCUUAAAGACAGCAUCAUCACAUGGAAAUAUACGGCUGGUGGUGAGGUGAUAAUUGUGAUUGAAUGGGACAAUGACUUUCAGACUUUAGAAAUUCGGAAUCCUAAAUUCAAGACUCGUGUAGAUCUCAAUAGGAACAAUGGAGAACUCACUAUAAGAGAUUUAAAGCUGGAGCAUACUGGAAGCUAUUCCAUUGAGAUCAACAAUAUAGAGAAGAAAAGAAUCAGCUUGAUUGUUAAGGAGAGCGUCCCCAAACCCAAACUGAAUCAAGAGAUCUCAAGCAAUCCUGAUGAUGUUAUGUAUUUGACAUGUGAAUAUAAUGCAAUGAUCCGCUGGGCUUGUUCUAAUGGUAAAAAACCACAAAUCACAAACCUAGAAAAGCCAAGACAAGGAGAGAUUAUAACAUUCAGAAGAACCGAGAUGCCAAACAUCUGCUGCACCUGUACACUUAUCAAUGAUGUUAGUGAGGAAACCAGCGAUCCGCUCUGUGAGAAAGAUUUGUUUCCUGAAAUGACAGUCUUGCGUAAAUGAAUAAUGCUAUCGCCAUCAAAUGCACUGCUAGCGGAUCUUGCAUGGGACUCUAAAUCAGCUUAUAUGCAACUGGACCUCAUAACCUCAACAUCUGUGUCUUGAUAACAUUUAACUAUUUUUUCAUGAUUGUGAAUUGAUAAACCUGAUAACUGCAAAUAACUUU